AUGGAACUGCCCAGGGUGAACUCAGAAAAAGUAAGUAUUGCGAUAUUUUCUUUCACUUCACAGAUUGCCGUACUACUAUUAACACAGGUAUGACUUCUUAUGACCAAAAAAUGAACCAAGGCCCUCAUCCAAUGCCUCAAUCCAAGUUACGGACACCCAGUCCCACCCGUAGGUAACUUUUAUCUGUUCUUUUGAUUGAUUAAACCGUACAUACGUACCCCACACACACCAAUCCCUCUGUAUUUUACCAAAAAGUGACCUUAACUAAUGAUUGAUUUUAUGGACUAAUUUGACUAUAUAGUUGUGAUUUGUUUUUCUCUUGACUGCCAAUUGCUGCUAAAAGGAUGAACCCUUGAUAUGGAACGAUAAACCUUCUCAAGCUUAAGUCAUCAAAUUUCAGUCUUAGCAUUGAUUAUCAAAACAAAGAUCAUAUGCAUUUACUUCUGGACUUGUACAGUAAUUUUAAGGACCCAGACUCGAAAAGGAUAAAAUUCCACCUUAGCAGUCUGUUUAUGAAUGUAAGAGAAGAAGCCCUCAAACUGAAAUCUGUAAUAUCGUAGUAAACUUGAAAGUAAUUUACCGACAACGGACCUUAGCGAUUUUUCGACGUCCAGGGAGAAUCGAUUCUUCGCAGCGGUGCAAUGAGUAGUGGUUCCCCCUAGAGCUCAAUCUGGCAUCAUUGUUUCCAGUAGAUGCUGACAACAAGAUUAGUAACUAGUACAUUUAUCACUACGUCGCCUUGCCAUUGUCAACGGUAAAUGGCCCGAGACUACAGAAAUUACGCAUAAUGUCCCACAACUAGUUGAGAAAGACACUUUUGAGACUUGAUAUGAUGACCUUCAGAAAUUUGUAGAUCUAGGGGUUUUUUGUUUCAACCUACAGUUUCAUUAAAGCGAACUGAAGUUCAGCUCUUUGGAGAGCAGCAUAACUAACAGUUAAGUUGCGCGAGCCAGAAAGCUUUAGCCUGUAUUAUUUUUGCACCCCUAAUUUCUUUUGAACAUUCAAACCUUUUAUAAUAUUUCCCCAAGUUCUGGCCUGUCAAACAAAGAAACCUGCAGUAGAGAUUCUUUUAAUACGAUGAGCACUGACAUAACUUUUGGAGCUCAAACUUUACUUAAGGCACCCUAAUAACCUUCUAUUAUACCAUUGCAAAUGUACAUUUUAUGCAUGGUAGAUACCGCACCCUUAUUGGGGAAAAGUCAAAAUGAAGUAAAAUAUUUCUUCGGGAUCUAGUUUUUCGGUAGCACAAUAAAAAACCCACUUUUGCCUUAUUUUGCUGCAACAUUAAUGCCUUAUUUUGAACUGUGUGUUUAGAAAUAACACUGAAUGUAAUUUAAUUUUCAGGAGUGGAAUCGAGUUGAUCUUCGCACGUGGAUGUCCACACUGCCGGAAAAUAUUCGAAAGCGGCAAUUGUGCGAUCUUGCCCUUCCAGGUUUAUUAGAGGCAACAAUUUGUUUUGUGAAUUUCAUGCAAAACACGGAAACUGUCGAGGUGUAACAUGCAAAUUACGCUUCGAGAAGUAGGAGUAUGCCUAAUGAAUAUAAUCUUUUGAAUUACCACUGCACGUUUGUACAUCGCAAGUUAGACACUAAGAAGGCUCGUAAAUGCCUAGAUACUAAGGGUAAUACUAAAGUUAUUUUAUCAACUCACCACAAAAAUGAAUACGCAGACUAUUUACGGAUUCCAAAAAGAGGAUAUCUUUCAGCAGCUUUUGCCGUGGUCUCGUUGGUUUUAUUAGGAAAAGCAGUUUGUAGCCGGAAGGGAUUUCAGGAGGCACAAGUCUGCCAGUUUAUGGUUAAGUGUAACUUUUAUGUCAGAUAUUUUACUCCACAACUCCCUCCUGUAAGUAAUCAGGCGAAAGAAAUGGUAGAAAAUAAAACUGUUUUUCAUUCCUGCUAUUUUUUAACCGCCGAUUAGCGGGUAAUAGUAAAUACGUCUGGUGAAUACUAAUGAUUAGAAUUCAUAAAACGAUACGGCAAAACCUUCGAAAAUCUCAAUAAAGGGGAAUACUGCGCUAAUGAAAAGCUUAUGCUGAUAAAGUCCUAAGUAGUCUCAAAAUAAUGUCAAACACUUACCUAUUGGCCUGCAGUCGGAAAUAUUUCAAGUUGCCUGCACAAGUUUUAGUGGCGAAACACGCCGUUUUUCAUGUCGCUUAUAUAUUGUUAGCCGAUUUUCUAUACCUGUUAAACUUGGCCGUGUCUCAACUAACAAUGCGCUAAACGUUAGUUUCCAUUCAUAUUUUAUAAGCCACUACGCAUUUGUCCCCCCGCUUUUUUCGAAGAGAUAUUUUAUGGUUUUAAGACGUUUGGUUUUUCUCUGUAUUAGCUAACUGAACGCGAUCUUUCAUUUUGGUCUAAAGCUUCUAAAAUCAUGUGUGCGCAUGCUCUUCGACGGGAACUGUGGGCACUAUAAUUUCUUUUUAAGAGGUCUUUUUGAUACACCGGAAAUAUUUCCAUAAAUUGAAUCGACGUUCUGUACUACAGAAUUUGAAUGUACGAGUGUGAGGAUAACAUGCUAGACCGGUUUUCUGCAUUCUGAACGGACUUACUUUAGUGGAAUUGUUUGUUCUACCCAUAAGCUUGCGAUAUGGCCUAAGGCAUAUUACUUCAAAUUACUUCAAAAUUUUAAUCAGGGUAUCAUGAGAGUCGACGAAUGCUGUCCAAAUGUUUUGCUGAACACCUUGCAAAUGCCCUUAAAACAUGCCAAAAAACCCAUAUUUAUAGUUCAGGCGAGGUAUUCUUGAAGUGUACAAUAUUACUCGCACUUUAUCUCCAGGAUUCUUAGAGGCAAGAAUGCUCUUCCUCUGUUUUUCAGAGGCUGGUUUUUGUUCUUUCUAGUUGGGCAUCAUUAGUGGGAGUUCAAAACAUAUGCGGAAAAUAUGUCAUCAUUCAAUUACUUUUCAGCCAGUGCCGGUACACUCGUAUUCAGGGUUUCCAAACUACAAACCAUAUAUUUUCCUUGUACGGAAAAUCAUACAUUUCUCUACAGUAUUAAGUGGACACCAUAUGGGAUUCGUAAAAUUCAGCAGUGGAUUUGAGCCAUGUUGUUAAUUUUACGAUCCACAUUGAUAAAUGCAAAGUCAUGACGUUUUAUAAGUGGCCAUUUCAUGCUAGUAGAAAAUCGCACAAUUAGAAACUUUUUUAAAACCGAAUUAUACUCUUUUUUGAGUAUAAAACUAGAAGAAGACGUAUUUGUCUACCGAAUGAGCAAAAGAAUGAAUAUUUGUAUGCAUGUUUUUGAUGAAAUAUAAUUGGACUUUUAGGGGCAUAGAGAAUCAGUGAGAAAACGUAUGCUACUGAAGUAGUCAUUCUUCUAGAGUAUGGUUUGUAAAUUUAGCCGAAAAGAAGUUCUUCCGAAAGCGGAUAUCCUGGGGUAACUGAAUUAUUAUAGAAUUAUGCUUCCUGAUGAUUAGUUUUACAACUCCACUUAAUUAAUCUUUUCGAAACGAAGACGCAUUCCAAAAUUCCGGUUUACAUUUCGUGAAUUAGCCCACCUACUGUACGUACGAGAGCUACAGGAGAUUGUCUGUGAAAUUAUGACCUGACAAGGUAAACCGCUGUGUAAACAACUUCAUGAAUAGAUAUCUAGUCAGUGUGCACGAGAGAAAGAAAGAACAAGGCAAGGUAAACGCAGCUUUUCGGUCAUCGCAGGCGACUGGGUGAAUGCACUUUGGUUGAAACUGUUUACACAAUCAUUUUCUGAGGUCUCCCCUAUAUGAGCGAAAAACGCCUGUUGUCAAUUAUUGUGAGAUUGACGCCUUUUAAUUUGGAGGUUAAACACGCACGAACUUUCGAUUUAUUGCCAACCUAAGUGGCACAUAUAUUUAAAAUCCAGUUUAAUGUACAUGACCUUUCUGAAAAGUCAGCUCGUGAAGUUUUGUGGGGACAUAGAAUGCCACUGGAUGGUAAGAUUAAACGUUGCAGCCAAGAUCAAAGAAUGUGUGGAAAAGAGAGCCCCGAUGAUUCGCUUCUCUUCGUAAGGCUUUGCAGACAUUCAGUGAAGUGUCGGUGAAUGAAGCCUGUUGGAGAAAAAUCCAAAAUGAUAACUUCCAUACUUUUCCGGAAAAUAUAUGUAACCGGGGUCAAAAAAGUAACCAGUGGAGAGUGUCUUACAGGAAUAGUGGUAAUAAGGGUCAUAUGGGUGAGGCCUCACAGCGAGGAGUUAGAAAACUCUGGGAAAGAAAUUGAGAAAAAACGUCAAAAAAUUACCAUGAUAUUUCGUUUUCGGCAAAAUAGUAAGUGGAAUUCAACCUCGUAAUUCAAAGAAAAAUAAAAACGACUAUUAGUCAGUAAUCACAGAAGUUGGUGAGUAGGUCGUGUCGUACUGUUAUCAGUUAGAUACCUGGACAUGGUGGCGAUAUGGACGGAUGGAAUAUACAUAGGAAGACGUCCCUUACAUCCUCUCAUCUGGAGACAAUUUUUUUCCUUUUUGCUGAAGAAUUUUCUGCUGGGGUGCAGAACAACGCGUUUUUCUAGACAUUUUUCAGUACCGCGUCCUCGGAGCGGUCUAGUUCAAAAAAUGUCAUCCUGCCGGGGUUGGGGUCUUUGACGAGCGUGACUAAAUUCCGACUAAAAACUCUACCAAGCAACGCGUAUUUUGAUAAAUAUAGUAGGCAGGGCAAGGGAAUGGUUUAUAGCGGGUUUAUACGAGGGCAUUUGUGAUGAGUAAAUAAGCUGAAGAUCUAGGAACUUCGUGGUAUCACAAAUUUUGUUCAUCUAUACUGUCGUCAGUUAAAAGGGUACACUAUUUUUAUAGGUUAAUUUUAACAACAAAUGAAUUUAAUGCCUCUUUACUCCGAUGACUACCUCAAAGCAUCUUGACAACCCUCAUUCAACAGCUACCUCGAGGUCUUUUAUUUAAUUUUCUGGCAAUCAAUAUCUCCAAUUAUUUUGUACUAGUACAAUUGCUCCCCGGAGCAAAUAACCUCGGCCAUAAACUAUGCUCUUACCGUAGGCAGUUCUAGAUAGUAAACCUACGCCUUUUAUCCUUACCGAAACUUAUCUUCUUUUUCAGGCACUCACAAUUCAGGAUCCUAUGCGAUUUCUGAGACGUCCGAUAUCUCACCCGAUAUGGCAUUUCAACCCCUACUUCUGCUUUUUGCCGAUUAUGUUAAACCACUAAUAACGCAGUGGGCAGUCACACAGGAGACCAAUUUCACCACCCAGCUUUAUGGCGGAAUCCGCUACUUUGACAUGCGAAUCGCCAUCCGACCGACAGAAAACAAGCCACUGACAGGGACGUCACACAAAUUCUACCUGGUCCAUGGACAGUACGCAAGCUCUGCCGUUGAAGAAUUGUUGGAAAUACGAUCCUUUCUCUAUAACCAUCCUAAGGAAGUAAUAAUCGUUGACUUUCAGCACUUCUACGAAAUGUCAUCUGUCCAGGUCCAGGAGUUCGAACGAAUAGUUGAAAAGGUAUGUAGGCACAAAGCUGACCGUUCUUCCUGCUGCGACAGACAUUUUGCUCUCCUCCAUGUUGUAAGCCUAGAGAAGGCAAAUAUCUCAUGAAGGGUUCAGAGCUAUCGCAAAAGGAAGGCUAAAGUUACAGAUGCAGAUCGUACGGGCGUUGGGGACAAUGAGGGUUUGGAAGAAACCAAUAGUUAUGCAAGGGCACAGACUACAACUACUAGUAUCCUACUAAGUUUAAGUGGCGUAUUCCCGCAGAUACCUAUCUGAAGCGUCCAGAGUUUAUUGCCUGAAUAGCCAGUAGUCAGCGGAUUUGUGAGUAGUUCUGACCUUGGUAGUGCAAGCCUUGUUGGUAUAUGCCAACAAAAGAAAGGCUGCAACAACCUCGAGGCAAGUUAUUUACGUCUGAAACAUUAGUCUAAAUGCUAUAGACAAAGUGCAUAAUGGAGAAUAGUGCAGUUAGGUUCGCCCGCUUAGAGCAUUCAAACAAACGCGAACUUCUGUUGAUUAGUCAACCGUAAAGCAUUUUUAAUGCGCGUUUUAGUGUUAGCCGUUUUAAAAGUUGGCGAAACCCUCUUAAGCUCGUUACGUAGCAAUGUGAAGAAUCGCAAGAUUAUACGUUUGUCUUUACGACGACUAUAAAUACUUUGAAUACGUUGCGCGUAGUUUACGUCCAUGAAAGUGUUCUACCCCACUGACAAACCAGGUAUUGCCUAAGAACUCAGACAGAUGUUUACAAAAGUUCUGCAACGACACGGCCGAAAGGCGAAAAUUUAGUUUAUCAUUCAUGCCUCGAUUCCAUCUAGCGUACGUUAGGUAAAAAAACAUUGAGUGAAUCACGGAGGAGCCGAAACUGUCAGGGUUUUUUGUGUCCAUCUAAUAUAUUCUGUCCAGGAGGUGUGGUUUAUUAUUCGGAUCUGCCACACGAUUUCCGGCGACUUGUCUACGUUCUCUGAUUUGCUUAGACUGCAGUAAACCAUUUUAGUAGUACUGAUCAGUGCCAAUGACAUGACUUCUGUCUAUAAGAUUAGGCACACUGGCUUUAGUGUAUGCGAAAGUUCGGCGAGGUUUGGUCCUGCGGCCCCACCUGAGUGAUACCAUAUGGCGCCGGCGUACAGAAUCCUGCGGAGCCAUCUCUAAUCUGGCGUUGUUGGUCGAUGAUUGGCUUACACACCAUAUAACUGUCUCUCGUUCUGUUGCUGCUACUAUCUCUGACGAUGGACUCCUUCACGAGUUCGAAAGCUCAGAAAAAUAAACAAGAUGUUCCAAUGGUCAAUCAUUCGUCUUUUUAAUUUAUAUGGUUAGAUUUCCCGAGAUAUUUUGGAAGAUGUGGAUAUGCCGACUUUACAAAUAUCACGUAUUUGCAUCUUUCUUUCCACUUUAAUCCAGCGAGCGACUGUACCACGGGGGAGAAGUGCUAAUAUGCCAGUCUCGGUUACUUCGGAUAUCAGUUUACACGCGCUUCCCCGUGCACCCUUCGAGCCCUGCUUGCGCUCUUUUUAUUAUCUUAACCCAGCAAGCGGUCAGAUAGACUUGCUUCUGGAAUUAUUCGGACGGUGUGGAACUACGUCGGUUCCACUACAGUGGCCAUGCACUGUAAAUUACCACGCGAGUCCCUCCGUGGCCUUCCAGUUGUGGUGGCGCCCUCCUUAUCCUCUUAGUCCAGAAAGUGGCUGUGUCGGGAGGGAGUGUUUACCCGCCACCUUCACUCACUUCCCUGAGCGUGCUUCGACCUCUCUGCUGACGCGCUCUCUCUCCCUUCCUAUUCCAGUGAGCAGUUAGGUUAGGUAUAUCGAUUAAUAGUGUUUUAGUAAGCUAACCAAAUGGUACCAAUCAAGUGGGGCUGCAGAAGUAAACCUCGCCGAAAUUUCUACUUAGCUUGAAAACUGAUAUGUUUUUCCUUAAACGUAUGAUGUAGAACAUCUUAAGGUACGCCUGUCACAUUGACAUUUCCCGCCGUGUAUGAAGGAAAUCAGUUGAAAUUCAAUUGAAAAUAUAUGUUCGGGCGUUUUCUGAACGCAUUUUUUCCGAAGGUUACAAACUUACAUGUUUACAACACCCUUACAGAUUUUUGGGAAUAUGCUUAUACCAUACCAGAAAGCCAUACCGUCCCUUUCUGAUGUGUGGGAGCGUGGGCAGCAGUUGCUGGCAAUAAGUCGACAAAAACGGUAUCCCCUGGGCAGUCACGUUUGGCCUAGGGCAAGCAUAAGUCAACCGUGGGCAAAUACUAUUGAUCCGCAAACGUUGGCGAAGUUCCUUGAUGACUACUAUCGGUGAGUUCUUCGCAGUGUAUGUUCUCUCGCAGUAGAUGCAACUACCGUUAAUGUUUAUCAAGUUGAAUUAGGUAACACGUCCUAUGUCUACUCUCCUUCUCUCGUGUAAUUACAGCCCAAGAGCACGUGA